AUGGCCGCCUAUCCCAAUUCUCUUCCCACUAAUUUGUACCAGGGCGUUGUCAAAGGCAUCACCCUGGAGUGGGCUGAUGAUAUAAGAGGCAGGCUGACAAUUAUGCCACAGUGGGGAGGGUCAAAUCACUUUAAAGCUGCCACCGAACACCUGGGCUAUAACCGUGUGACAGGAUCCGGUAAAGACAGGACACAAGAGGAUGACUUCCAUGUCAUAAUCAAGGCGCAUCCAGGAGACUUGAGGAUUCAUAUCUAUGUUCAGGUUAUGCGUGACGAACCGAUGACAUUGGACGAUAUCAAAAUGAAAGGAGAGUGUGGUAGAAAUGCAACUCCGUCCACAGACACACUCCAUCCAUUCUAA